AACGAAAAGAGGCAUAAUUUUUUGGCCUAGGUACAUAUAGCGCAUGAUGUUGUUUGAUGGCGGAGACAGAGGGUAACCAUGUCUAAAACCAUACCAACGUUGAGCCCUUGUCCAACUCAUCAUAGCCCCAGAAAGAACUCAAACUAUGCAAAAUCUCCGAAUUCGUUCAUCUUCUUCAGACAAUCUUGGACAACAUGUCUGUCACCUUCGAAUUUCGACCUUUCUUGCGGUAGCAGUGUUGUUGUCUCUGCGACUUUAUCCGAGACCACCCACAACGUAACCGUGGACAAAAAUGCAAAAAUUUGCAAGUUCUGCGAAAUGGGUGAUCUCAGAAGUGCCAUGGAAUUGCUCAAAAUGUCACAAAGGUCUGAACUUGAGUUGAAAACUUACUGUUCUGUGUUGCAGCUCUGUGCCGAGCUUAAGUCUUUGGAAGAUGGAAAGAGGGUUCAUUCUAUUAUCACUUCCAAUGGCCUGGCAAUUGAUGCGGUUUUGGGGGCAAAACUAGUCUUCAUGUAUGUGAAUUGUGGUGAUUUGGUUAAAGGGAGAGGAAUAUUUGAUGGCAUCCUCAAUGAUAAGGUUUUUCUCUGGAAUCUUUUGAUGUCUGAAUAUGCAAAGCUUGGUAAUUACAAGGAAAGUGUGGGUCUUUUUGUGAAAAUGCAGAAGUUGGGAAUUAGAGGGGAUUCUUAUACAUUUAGUUGUAUCUUAAAGUGUUUUGCCGCAUUGGCAAAGUUGAGGGAGUGUAAAAGGGUUCAUGGGUAUAUUCUUAAACUGGGUUUUGGUUCUUAUAAUGCUGUUGUUAACUCUCUAAUUGCAGCUUAUUUUAAGUGUGGUGAAGUUGAUAGUGCACGUAAUUUGUUUGAUAAAUUGAGUGACCGAGAUGUUGUUUCUUGGAAUUCCAUGAUUAGUGGGUGUGUUAUGAAUGGGUUUUCAAGAAAUGGACUCGAGUUUUUCAUUCAGAUGCUGAAUUUGGGGGUUGAUGUGGAUUCGACCACCUUGGUUAACGUUCUUGUGGCUUGUGCAAAUGUUGGCAACCUUUCAUUGGGUAGAGCUCUUCAUGCUUACGGAGUGAAAGCUAACUUUAGCGGGGAUGUCAUAUUUAACAAUACAUUACUAGACAUGUAUUCUAAAUGUGGUAAUUUAAAUGGUGCAACUGAUAUUUUUGUGAAGAUGGGUGAAACAACUAUAGUUUCUUGGACUUCAAUCAUAGCUGCUUAUGUACGAGAAGGUCUAUAUGAUGAUGCUAUUGGAUUAUUUGAUGAAAUGCAAAGCAAAGGUCUUAGGCCAGAUAUUUAUACCGUCACAAGCAUUGUUCAUGCUUGUGCUUGUAGCAACUCGUUGGAUAAAGGAAGGGAUGUACACAAUUAUAUUAAAAACAACAACAUGGGGUCAAGUUUGCCUGUUUCUAAUGCUCUCAUGAAUAUGUAUGCAAAAUGUGGAAGCAUGGAAGAAGCUCAUUUAAUUUUCUCACAAAUUCCUAUCAAGGACAUUGUCUCAUGGAACACAAUGAUUGGAGGUUAUUCGCAAAACUCACUUCCCAGUGAAGCUCUAGAAUUGUUUCAGGACAUGCAAAAACAUUUCAAGCCUGAUGACAUUACGAUGGCUUGUGUUCUUCCGGCUUGUGCAGGCUUAGCAGCUCUAGAGAAAGGCAGAGAGAUACACGGGCACAUAUGGAGAAAAGGGUACUUUUCAGAUUUACUUGUAGCCUGUGCACUUGUUGAUAUGUACGUGAAGUGUGGGUUACUAGUUCUUGCGCAGCAACUGUUUGAUAUGAUUCCUAAAAAGGAUCUGAUCACGUGGACUGUUAUGAUAGCUGGAUAUGGCAUGCAUGGUUUUGGAAAAGAGGCAAUUUCCACAUUUGAAAAGAUGAGGAUUGAAGGUAUUGAGCCUGAAGAGUCCUCCUUUACUUCCAUACUUUAUGCUUGCAGUCAUUCUGGAUUACUGAAAGAGGGAUGGAAAUUCUUCAAUUCCAUGAGAAGUGAAUACAACAUCGAGCCCAAGUUAGAACACUAUGCAUGUAUGGUGGAUCUCCUUGUCCGUUCUGGAAAUCUUUCCAAGGCAUACAAGUUAAUUGAAACUAUGCCAAUUAAACCGGAUGCCACAAUAUGGGGUGCCUUGCUUUCCGGGUGCAGGAUCAAUCAUGAUGUAGAGCUAGCAGAAAAAGUGGCGGAGCAUAUUUUUGAUCUUGAACCAGAGAAUACAAGGUAUUAUGUUCUUCUAGCAAAUGUCUAUGCUGAGGCAGAAAAGUGGGAAGAAGUGAAAAAGUUACAAAGAAAGAUAGGUAAGCGGGGAUUGAAAAAGGAUCAAGGCUGUAGUUGGAUAGAGGUCGAAGGAAAGUUUAAUAUCUUUGUUGCUGGGGAUACUUCACACGCUCAAGCCAAAAGGAUCGACUCGUUGCUGAGAAAAUUGAGAAUGAAAAUGAAUAAGGGUGGUUACUCAAAUAAGAUGAGGUAUGCAUUGAUUAAUGCAGAUGAUAUGAAGAAGGAAGUGCUUCUAUGUGGACAUAGUGAGAAGUUAGCCAUGGCUUUUGGUAUAUUAAAUGUGCCGCCAGGGAGGACUGUUAGGGUAACCAAGAAUCUAAGAGUAUGUGGGGACUGUCAUGAGAUGGGGAAGCUCAUGUCCAAGAACACCGGGAGGGAAAUUGUCUUGAGAGAUUCAAACCGGUUUCAUCAUUUCAAGGAUGGUUUAUGUUCUUGCAGAGGUUUCUGGUAAAUCAUUGGAAAUGUUUAACAGAGGGGAAGUUCUCCAAUUCCUCAUGAGUAUUGGUAACCGAAUAUUUUGCAAUGCAAGUUCCCUUUGUGAUAACUGAUGAAAGAUUCACUCGGAUACAAGGUCAAGGCCAAAGUGUAUGUAGAAAGGGUAGUCACACGUGUGCAGAAUCAGUGGUUGAGGCUGCAGUGUCACAGUUACGCCAGAGGCAAUAUUACGUCCUAACUUAGUCUGAUAAGUGUUGUUAUUCAUGGAUGACUUAUCUAAACAUCUAUAUCUGGAUUGAAAAAGCAUAGCAGCAGAGAUCUGUAAUUGGGGUUUAGAUGUAUCAUAUUUUUCGGAAAUAAAUUAGUGGCAGGAUGUUGUGAUUUGUGUUAA